UACCAACUGAUCAGUGAACAACGAAGGAGAAAAAAGUAAACUGCAGCAUGGCGACUCCCAUGCAUAGAAUAAUAGCCAGGAGGCAAGCAGAGGCGAACAAACAACAUGUGCGUUGCCAGAAGUGUUUGGAGAUGGGACACUGGACCUACGAAUGCACAGGGAAGCGGAAAUAUGUGCACAGACCAUCAAGGACAGUUGAGUUGAAAAAGAAACUCAAGGAGAAUGAAAAUAACCCCCUCAGCACCACUGGACCAGGAGGAGAAGGCUCCAGUGAGAAGAAAAUUAAAAAGAAGGCUAAAGACUCCAGCGACAGCAGCAGUGAUUCAGACGCUUCCUCCAGUGACUCAUCGUCUGACAGCAGUGACUCCUCCAGCUCCUCUUCAGAUGACAGCAACAGCAGCAGUGACAGCGACGAUGACAGCUCUUCCUCAUCUGCCUCUUCCUCCUCCUCCUCUUCGUCCUCUGACAGCUCAGACUCAGGAAGUAGCAGCGAUUCAGAUCAAGGACCACCAAGGAAGAAGAAGAAGAAGAAAUAAAUAACUAAAUGGGUUUUCUUGUUGUUGUUUACCCUGAGUAAAUUUUAGAUGGCCACUUUUUUUUCUCAGUCCUAUCACAGUUGGUUGGAUCUGCAUGGAUAUGACACUUUUAAGGCUGCAAAUCUCACAGCAGUCUACUGCUCGUACAGUUUUGUUAACAAAAAUGGAUGAGAGAAGAACAAGAUAGUAUUUUCAGUCAGCUAUUGUGUCAUGUUCUGUUUUCAAAAUACAUUUCCCCUGUUACUUCUACUUAUUAUAUUUUCUAAAGAUUGUAGGUCUGCUGAGGAGGAUUUUCAUUUUAAAGAACUGAGGAAACUAGUGUGCUUAUUCAUGUUGAAUCUUGGGAUUUUGUACUAAAGUAUAUUUUUAGUCAAACUGAAUAUGUACAGCUCACAACCUUGACCACAUCUAGUAAUGAACAGAUAUUACUAUGAGACCUUUUAAAGGAUACAGAAUAAGAGUUCGGUUUGUUACAUUUUAAAUUAGUUUGAAGUUAAAUGGUCUUGUUGCUAUGAAAUUGCAGUUGCUUGUCUCACUGUAAAAUAAACUUAGAUUGUUUUUGC